UGUUUGGGUUAGGGUUGAGCCGAGGAGUGUGCGUGCGCGCACGCGUGUAUCUUUGCCCGCUGUACGCCUUCCUAGCUCGGAUCUCUCUUCCCGAUCCCACGCGCAUAUCUCCGCGUGAAGUUUGGUGUGGUGUUUUUUUUUUUAACCAAUUUGCGUGUACACAAGCUAGGCUCGUGCGUUGUGCUAGCUUAGAGGAGGCUACUGCUGCUUGUUUCUUCGCUUAGUUGACCCUGAAUCCCGUUUGCUUCCGAUUCGCGCACUAUUAGCUUGAUCUCGUAAUUUAGGGAGAACCAGGAGGCUGCACUUUCCACUCUACCUCACAGCAGUUGGCUGAUUUGUUUUGGUGGUGAUUGCCACCUUAGCUAGAUGCAUUCUCAUCCCAAUGGUCAUCAAUCACUUCUUCUUGUAGUAGUAUUUUACGCAUAGCAAAUCAAGGUGUGGCGGGGAAGCCCGCGGAGUUUGCGAACAUUAUAGCUCAGUAUUGUAAAUUAAGGAUCUUGGGACUUCCUAGGGUUUCGGUAAUUCGGCCGCGGUGGUUCUUUUGCAGAAGGGGAUCUUUCGGUUAGGUGAUGUCUUGUACCUCCCCAGACCCGCCCGAUUACUGCUCGGCCGCAUCGCCUGAGCUUAAGCUAUACCAAGCCUUCAUAUUCUCUGUGCCGGUAUUCUUCACAUUCGUCUUGCUUCUCUUCUUCUACUUGUUCUACCUGCGGCGGCGCAGAGCAAAUUGGCAGUCCUUGCGGAUGAGGACUAAUAACUUGAUACGGGGCGAUAACCCUAGGUUGGAGUGCGGCAUAAAGAAGGAGAUGCGAGAAAUGUUGCCAGUUGUGGUUUUCAAGGAGAGCUUCUUGAUCAGGGAAACACAAUGCUCUGUCUGCUUAGCAGACUAUCAACCAGACGAGCGGCUCCAGCGAAUACCUCCCUGUGGUCAUACCUUCCACAUCGACUGCAUCGACCACUGGCUCUCUACAAACACCACCUGCCCUCUCUGUCGAGUUUCGCUCCUUCCAGCCCCCAAAGCCGCCAGCGUCGAUCCAGUGGAUUUGGAAGCACAGGCUGCCGAUGAGGAUAGCUCUUUGGAUGCACAGUAUCAGGAGAGCAACGGUGGCGAGAACACGAGGCAGGACGGUGAGACAUUGGAACAAGGUAGUGAAGGACAAACGCAUCAGGCAGAAGAGCCACGGGUUGACACAGAAACGGCAUCAUCGGUCAGAGUAGUAGCCACCAAGCCCCAGUUGGAGGCCGAGGGGUCUCAAAGCAGAGUCUCCCGGCCCUGUAAACCAAGGAAAUAAUAGUGCUUUUGUUGAUGUAACCAUGUUGUGACAUGCUGUGUUUGAGCUGCUCAUUAAAAGAAACCAGAGCAUAUAAAGAUGUCAAAGUUUUAUAUAAUGGGUUUAAUCUUGUAUUCGAACGGAAUUUUUGGUUUUGGUUUGUACAGAAUUUCAUCUCUCACUCUAAGCCAUGUUCGGAUUUAACUAUGGAUUUUGGAUUUUUCAUGA